AUGAGCGGGACACCAAGCCAGGGGUCUGGCCUGCGGUACCCUUCGAACAAGAAGAGCAUAUACGACCGCAAUCUGAACCGGAGCAAGAACGCAGAGCUCAGCAGGGCGGCGUUUGCGUACCUCUUCAUUGAGAUGAUUGCGUACGCGCAAAGAGGGGUUUCCAACGUUGGAGACCUCGAGCAGAAACUCAACACACAGGGCUACCCAAUCGGCCUGCGACUCCUCGACCUCCUUCUCUCGCGAUCCUCGAAUCCCCUGGCAAGCAUACGGCCAACUCGAAUCCUCCCACUCCUCCAGUUCAUCGCGCAAACACUAUAUCGACACCUCUUCGGGCGGCCUGCAGAUGCGUUGGAAAAGUCAAGUACAGAGCCCGGGCAGUACAUGCUCUUCGACAACGAACCCAUGGUCAACCAGUACAUCUCGCUACCGAGGGAGCUGAGCAGCCUGAACUGCGCUGCUUUCGUAGCAGGCGUAAUCGAAGGAGUCUGCGACGGUGCGGGGUUCCCAACGGAAGGCGUCACAGCUCACAGCGUCGGUGAGCAGGAGCAAGGGAAAGACACGAAGGCGAUGUGGCCAGACAAGACGGUCUUUCUGAUUAAGUUCAAGCCAGAGGUGCUGGAGAGGGAGGAGAUCUUGGGUAGAGGC